UACUGCUCGUCCUGUCAUUUUUGCCUUCUUUACUUGCUUCAUGGGUUUACCUUGCGUUAGCAGUAAGUUUCCAAAGCUCACUCAUUUUAUGACCUUUCAAAACCUUUUUCCGGGCAACCUCGUAAAAGAAUUCAUCCUCUUUUUGCAAUUCUCGUACCUGUCCCUUCUCAGGCAACUCUUCUUCUUCAGAGAUGGCGAGGAUAUUCGGCCAUCUCCAUCAUUGGUGCCCGUCCCCUUCCACCUCAUAGGCGAAUCCAUCAAGAGGCAUCUUCCUUCAGUUCAAUAUGGAGAUAUUCUCAAAAGAAGAGGAAUUUGUAUAGCCAAGGAAUAUAUCUGCGUUGUGUGCAUGAAUUCCAUAGAGGCCAACGACGGCGUUAGAGAGCUCUGCAAUUGCUGCCACGUUUUCCACAAGGAGUGCCUUGAUGUUUGGAUUGGUCAGGGCCAGGCAACAUGUCCUUUGUGCAGAGCCAAGCUAUUUCCAUUAAUCCAAGGAGAAGAGCUUGGAACAUUGGGAGGUGAUCCAUGGAGAAUGGAGAGAAUGGUUUACUUGUUUGGUGAGGAUUAUGUAAUGGGUACUUCUUGAUUUUGAUAUCUUAGAUGAGCGUUAAUGACACCAUCCCAACUUCUUGUUGUUCUUCCUUUCUAGGCAGGAAAUGAUGAUUACUCCGUUGUUUCUCUGAUAUAUUCUAGACAUAGUAAAAGCUUUUUGUCAAAUAUGU